AUGGGCUGCGGCAAGGUGACCUCCCCCGCUUCAAGCAAGGGCUUCUUUGCGAAGGCCCAGUUCGGGAUAGGCUUUCCUUGGUUUCUGUUUUUGCAGCGCGCUGCGCCUAUCAGAGAAAUGCUGGGCGCUCUGAAGUCCGUCUUCUGGCCCUCAGAGGCUACACGGCCUGGAGAGACGCCCGCCCUCCAGAAUCUUGCAGGGGACAAGCGCAAAGCCAAGCUUCGCGACGUGAAGGCCGAGGACUACCCAACGCCAGAGAAGUACUUGGAAGGAGCUGAGAUUCCUACUUUCUACCAGUUCCAGAGCAACAUGGUGGCGGAUGAGGACCUGAAGCCUGGCAUGUGCAGCGGGUUGGAGGUGGACAAGAGGCUGACGCUGCCCACGCGCACGCACAUCCGCUUCCUCGUGACGGGCCAGGAUGUCAUCCACUCCUUCUCCAUCCCUUCCUUGGGCUUGAAGACGGAUGCCACGCCUGGCCGCAUCAACCGUGCCCUUCUGCAAGAAAAAGGAGCGAUGUGCCUCUGGAUCCGCAGGGCCUUUAAGAUUUUCCCAAGCUCACAAGCAGAUGCCUCCUCCAUUCGCAUCCCCGCUAACGCGGGCAUGUCCACGCUGCUUGGCCGAGUUUGGGAGAUCUCGCCCUGCGGAGUACGGCUACAAGGUCUGGCUGGGGAAGAGCACUUCUGGGCUCCGGCUUUCGAGGUUGAUCCAGAGGUCCUCAAUCAUGGGCGCAGCCCAGUGGUGCACGCUCUCCGAGACGUGGCAGCAGACACUCUGUUGGUGAGCUUCCGACAGGCUGACGCGCCUGCAGGCUUUGUUGGGGCAGAGGGCCUCAAGCGGGCAAGGAACGUCCGAAGGUCGGCCGUCCCUGCUCGCCCCUUUGCUGCACCCUCCUCGCGCUCAGAUGCAGCGACGACCCAUCGAGGGCGCAGGGCUUCAGAGAUUUCCGAAGCUGCCGCCGUGCUGUCAGGAAUCCCCAAGCCCAAAUGCCGGACCAUGAUGUCAGCAAUGGAUGCAUGGAAGACUCCCAUUCUGGAGCAGAACGAGCAAGAGGCCGCAUUUUGCACCAGAAGUUUGCAGAAAAGCAUCCACAGCGUCACGGACAAAGACCACUCACAUUUUUUGUGCCAGCUGCUCCUUUGUUGUGUCGCCGGAGUUCAAGUAUGUCUGGAGGCUCAGAGAUGGCUUACAGAAAAGCCAGGACAAACACGCCCUUCGUUCCUGAGCUUCCUCCAGAGCCAGGAGAUUUUGUUGUUGCAGCUUGCCAGCAGGUGUCUGAGCCGACUAGACUUGGGACAGAGCGCUGUUCGACGCAGCAUCAAGCAUGCAUUGCGGUUCUGCCGCGACGUCGUGGCGAGACUGGCGCGACGCCCCAGGGCGAUGCCUGAGGCUUGGGAUGAGAUGCGGCGCUGGGUCGUGAAGGCCCCGGGGCGCCUCCUCCGCCCCCCCUCCUUGCUUGGAAUGCCGCCGAGGCCCCAGCCACUCCUGUGCUCAGUCAAAGAUUGCUCUUCAAAGGGCCAUCGCGUGCAGCUGACGGAGGAUGUUCUGGGUCCUUCUGGGUGGCGGUGUCGUCUGCAUGGUCUCAAGCGGCGCUGCAACGUGGCCGGCUGUGGCCGCUUGAGGAAUGCCUGUGUUUCUGAGAAGGACCGCUUCGGCUUGCCGGGAGACCGAUGUGUACUCCAUGGAGCGCGCAGCUGCGAAGUGGAGAACUGUGGUCGUUUUGCACGACUGCGUGUUCACCUGCCGGAUGAGUUUGGCCUUCCUGGGCGCCGUUGCCUGGAGCAUUCCGCUCACUCCAGGUGUACUGUCCAGGGUUGCCACAGGUUGUCCACUCGCCGAGUGGCUGCUGAUCACCUUGGCCCAGCAGGCUCCCGCUGCAGCAGGCAUGGGCUGCCCUGCACAGCGACAGGCUGUAGCAGGAUUCCCUGGGGACGCGUCGAAGUGGCGGACAAAUACGGUCGGGCCGGACGCAACCACCCCGCAAGUUACGACGGCCCCAAGAAGCACCACAAGCGUGGCGUGCACGCCGACAUCCGGCAGUGCCAGCGCAACGUGCGCUCCGACAUCCGGUCACGGUGCCAGCGUCAUGCGCACGACCUGCGGAAGUGCCAGCCAGCGUCCGUGGCAGCCACGCCCCAGGUGCAUGAAGUAGAAACAGUGCAGCUGGCCGAGGAGGACCGGUGCACUUACUCGGACGGCAAGUCAUGGCGUUGCGGGCGACCCCGCAAAGAAGGCCAGCGUGUUUGCGAGUACCACUGGGCCAAGCGGACUUUGUACGAUAAGUGGCGGCGAAAGAUUGAUGCCAACAGCUUCGCCCUCUUGCUUCAGAGCUUGGCGAUAGAGCGGUCCCAGAAGCUGAGAAAUCUUGAGACGAGACGCCCCUUCCUCUUCAUCAGUCCAGUAGGUAUCAAUACCUUCAUCCAGCGCGAGGGUGUCUUCUACGGCCAGUGCUCCGAGCUGUGCGGCACGCUGCAUGGCUUCAUGCCCAUUGUCGUGGAGGCCGUGUCUCCUGAGACCUACGCAGCUCACGCCCGCAAGUGGUACAAGGAGUGA